UGUCAAAAAUGUCAAAGUUAAUGUUUUGUAAAUGUUAAAUGAUUUGCUCGCUAAGUAAAGACAAGUGUGUUGAACUUUUGUACAUUGUGCAUGAAUUGCAUUAAAUUAAUUUUCUAAUACUUACAAAUAAGAGUUCAGAUAUCUGCUUAAACUAACGAAAAUCGAAAUGUUUCAAUUCGGAUUCAAUAUGUUUCACGAAAUAUCUAGGCCAUUUAAUAUGACUUAUAGAUGCUAUUCAGUCUCUAUGUUACCUGGGAAUGAGAGACAGGACGUUGAAAGAGGUGGUAAAAUAAUUAUGCCCCCAUCGGCAUUAGAACAACUCACAAGACUCAAUAUAGAAUAUCCUAUGAUAUUCAAGUUGACAAAUAAGAAAUCAAAGAGGCUCACUCAUUGUGGUGUGCUAGAGUUUGUAGCUGAUGAAGGAAGAGUGUAUCUGCCACAUUGGAUGAUGGCAAAUCUUGUUCUAGAAGAAGGAGCUUUAAUACAAAUUGAAAGUGUAUCACUACCUGUAGCAACAUUCUCUAAGUUCCAACCUUUAUCAGAAGAUUUUUUGGACAUUACAAAUCCGAAAGCUGUAUUGGAAAAUUGUUUGCGUAACUUCUCAUGUUUAACAACCGGUGAUGUCAUCGCUAUAAAGUACAACUCAAAAGUCUACGAGCUGUGUGUCCUGGAGACCAAACCCGGGAAUGCUGUCAUCAUUAUAGAGUGCGAUAUGAAUGUAGAAUUUGCUCCACCAGUCGGGUAUAAGGAACAAGAUCACGUGUCAAGGUCAAAUGAUGGAGCAGUAGAAGGUAUGGAUGAAGAUCCUGCUGCGAUGAUGCCCGAAUCUAGUGGCUUCAGGGCGUUUAGCGGCGAAGGCAACCGCCUCGAUGGAAAGAAAAAGAAGUUGAUCAGCGAGAGUGAUUCCGAACCGGGAACUUCGCAACCCCGCCAGGUUUUGUAUUUAAUAGACAAUAAAAAAAUCUUCCCCGAGUUACGGAAUUCCAUUUUGAUUCUCGUUCAAUCGUCAUCUUUAUUCAUAUUGUUUCCAGCCAUUCGGCAUUUUUUCAUUGCUUUUGAAGACAGUCGAUCUCGCGGUCCAUGCGACGGCAAGCGGUUAACCUCCAACGAACAUGGAUCUAUUUGUACCUUUUUGAUUCGUGUUACAAGCACCCACGAAAUUAGAGAAAUCCCAGGCAACGACUAAAAUGUACUGCUGUUAAUAGUAGUACCGAAUUUAUAAGUUUUACUGUGAUGUUAUUAGUUGAUCAAAGCCGAGCUCAAAAUCUUUACUAAAUAAAAUAAAAAAACAUUAUUCAUUGAGUAAGUAAUAAAACACUCAUACUUGUUUUUUGUUUUAGUCAUAUGUACGAGGCAUUCCGGAUUACGACUUUGUGAUUGGUACACUGCGAUUUAUCAGAAAUUCAAGACCAGCCAAAGACCCUAAAGAGGAGGCUCAAACCGAACCUUUUCAAGCAUUUACAGGCGAAGGAUUUACAUUGCGUACUGCCAAGUCUAAGAACUAAAACUGGUUUUCUGUAUCAGUACAUCGUGGUAUACGUUUGGUUGGAGUUAAUUAAACAGCUACUACGUGUUAAUUAAACCUGAAUAUUGUCAAAAUCUGAUGAAGAGAUUGUUACUGAUAAUUUUUUGUUUUGAAUAUAAAAGUCCUUUGAUAUUGUGAUAUUAGUUAAUUCUUUUUUGUAAAUAUAUUUUAUAUUCUUAUAGCAAAUUCAUUAUAUGCGUAGUAAUAGACACUCAUCCUAAUAUAAGUUGUAUAGCAACUACAACUGUGUUAGUGACAUUUUAAAAAUCAGCUUAGCAACAAGCCCUAAACAUCAACAUUCGGACUUUUUGCCUACCAAGCAGCAAACCAUUUUGAUGCAAAUCUUCUCGUGGCAUCAAUUCCCAAAAGUUUAUACUCAGGAGUAAACUAGAAAAAUGUAAUUUGCCAAAGAUCUCCUGUUUCUCCUUUUCUAUGAUUAAAGCAAAAAAACAGUACAUAAUAUCAUCAUACCUUAUAGAUUAUAUGCACUAAAAGUUUCAGUAUAACUUUCUGGAGUUUUAAUGAGCAAUUUAUUUUAGCUUAACAAAAAGAAAUUAUUGGUGCUCAGUAUGAUAAACCAAUAAAUAAUUAUAAAAAUAAUGUAAGUUUUAUAGUCAGGAUUAAUUCAAAUAAUGAUAUAAAUAAUUCAAACUACAUGCUUAAGUAAGUUUCUAGUUUUAUUUACAAAAAACUGAUACAAAUAUUAGUGUUUCAUAGACAUUAAAAUAUGUCUAUUUAGACCACCACCGUAGGUCAUAAUUGUGUUCCAUCGGUAGAUUCUACAAAGCACUACACUUGCUAAGGGCUAGUGUUAGCAAGUUCUUUCAGGUUGAACCAGUGAGCUCACCUACCUAUCCAUGCUGGAAUAGCCAAAUAGGCUACCAGCAAAUAGGUUUACAAAAAAAAGACAUAUUAGUGUUAUAAAUACAAAAAAUGUUUUAUAUUUAAAUCUGAAUUUAAUUAUACACAUUUACUGCAUUAUAAUUAAGAAUAUUAAAGUUUUCAAAUUACACCAGAAAUUAAUUCAAAACUUACAUAAUCAACAUUAAAACAAUUAUACCAUAAAAAUAAUAAUGUAAAAGAACAGGAAGAAACAUUCACGCUAUUUUUACUUUUUACAAAUAUCAAAUUACAAUAAUUGUUUUUACCCAUGAAAGCAGACAAUCAUGCUAUCGACAAACAGUCUAUGGUGGAAUGUGGACAUUGACAAUUCAAGGAGCAAAAUCAACAUGCUGUCUUUGUCAAAAGGUAUUACACUAAAGAACUUAAAGGGCUCCCAGUAGUAUAAUAAUAGUCAUAGAUAGGACACUCAGCACAUAGCACAAUAGAAUAUGUCAACAAAGCCCCAAUAAUUAUUAACAUGUUGACUGCCAUGUAAAUCACCGGUGCCCUACGCGGCACACUGACGUAAUAAUGACGAUUUUUCUCUUUGAUCUACAUAUUAAAGUGCCGGAAUAUCUAGUAGAGUCUGGAAAUGACUAAUUCACAGGUACUAAGAAUAAAUCUAUCUUUUAGAAGACCUAAAAGUCUAAAAUAUACAUUAACAAACAAAAGAAGGCAAAGUUAGGUAAUCCAGGCGUGUAGUAACAGAAAUCAACGUAAUUAUUUCAGUGCGCCGCUUAGGGCACCAGUGACCUGCAUUAAAUUUUAUAUCUGUAUGCAAUGUAUUUUCCCUGACCUCUAUCUAAAUAACGUAAUAUUUUUAAUAGUUCAAUUGUAGCCUGUAAGCACCUACCCAUCUGUGCUUACCUGGAAUAGGCCUUUAGGCUAUCAAAGAAUAAGUUCAGAAAAAAUCUAGUUUCUUCUACAAUUACAUAUUUAAAUGUCAUUUUUGUAAUGAUACAAUUUAUUUGUCUAUGAAGGUUAUAUGAAUUCCAUCACUAAUUAAAAUUACAUAGCCAUCAAAGCAACAAAUUUUUCACAUGAAUUCAUACUCUAUGUACAAUAAAGAUGUUUCAUUCUAUCACUGAAAGAAGUAGUUAAAAUCUCUUCAAGAAUUCUUCCGAACAAAUUCUGGCUCUUGCAUUGACAGCCAAUUUCAUUUCACUGAUUUCUUUAUCAAUUUCUUCCAUAAAGUAUAUUACAAAAUCGACCAAUUUAUGCUUAUACAUCUGUUCGGUAUGGAAGUUAGUAAUCAAAAAGCUGAUAUGGUACCCAUCAACUGGUUUCCUCCUUAAUACAAUGAAGUUUUCAGCUCUCAUCAUCAUGAACCGCAUAAAUUUUUUACAAAGAAUUUUCUCUAUCUCAUCCGCCUGCUUGAUCAUAAUACUCACCCUAAUUGAAUUUAUUGAAGACUCUAUUAAUACUUUUUCAUUAGAAUUUCUUGAAAUAACAACAGGAUUGAGUAAAAGUUCUUUGCUUGUUCUAACUUCGACCUCCGGCUUGGUGUAUUUCUCGACAACUUGCGAUGAAAAGUGUUCUAAGCACAUAGCGGCAGUGAGCGUGUGACGCACCGCUGUUAGAUACGGUUUUAAAGUUGCAGCCAUUGUAGAAAAUUAAACUUUCGCAAAGAUCACGCCACACCUUAAGUUCCUUUCAAUUUUUUAGUCAUGAAUUAUCACCAUUGAUGACAGAUUUGACAUAAGCAUCAUUGUUUGAUUCGUUCAUUACAUAGCCAAAGGUAAGGUAGGCCAUACAGUCAAAUCCAAGUGUGUUGUUGUGUGAAAAUGUACUAAAUAAAAUUAAAUGAUUAUUAAGGAAUUGAAUCUGAGGUAAGAUAAGGUAAAAUUGUAGGUAUUGGAUGAGAAAUAAUGAAAUAACAUCUCAGUAAAGUGGAGAGAAUUUACUAAAAUCUCUUAAAUGCAGGGGGGUGCAACUCCCAUACAAAGGAAAAUAACAUACAACUAGCGUCAUCUUACUCCUGUGGCGACGUCAUUUUUGUAACUUUUAGGCAUUAAUGAUCUAAUAAACUCACUAGAUGGCAUAUAUGAGUUCUGACUCAAUAAAAAAUGUAGCGUACUUUGAAGCAGUGCUUCCACUUUUAGGGAAUUCUCCCUUUUUUAGGGAAAAAUAGCUGAUAUUUUGGAUGAUAAAGACAAUUUAAAAAAUACCAGGAUUUAGGAUAUUUCGGGGUAAAAAGCAAAGCCUAUACUAGUAACUGUUGUGAAUUUUAAAAUAAACGAUAAUUAAAGUAAAACAAUGAACAUUUUAUUUUAUGGAGAGAGAAUGACAUUAAGUCGAGUUGACAAGUAAAAGAAUAAAACAGAGUUGUGUAUAAAAACUAUAAAGGUUUGAUUCAACAGUAACCUUCUAGUAAAGUAAAUCAUAGAUUAAGCCACUGCUUUUUCUUAGGGAUUCCCCAGAAUCCCAAUAAGUAUAAUCCGCCAAAUUUUUAUUUACCUAUUUUCGUUGAUGUCACCAGAACUUACUUGUAUUGUAAUAUACAGGUACUUCAUGUACCAUGAAAGAUUAUCAUGGUAAUUUCAUUUACGAAACCUUGUAAUUGUCAUUUCACUUUUGCUAGCAGUUCCUUCUUCAAAGACUGAGGUGGAAAGAUUAUUCAGUGUUCUCAAAUUUAAAAACUGACAAAAGAAACAGGCUUUCUAAUGAAACCCUGAACGGCUUGCUUCAUAGAAAGUUCCCAACUUUGCCAGCAAACAAUUGCUCAAUUUUAGAACCGAACAGUGUUAGGUUGUGCAGCAAAAGAAUAUAAAAGCAAUGCGUCGACUUCCUUGAAAAUUCUAAUCCUAUAGAUCUAUGAUCUUCUGGGGGCGUUUAUAUUAUAUAUACCUACAUUAAAUAAUAUGCUGUGGUUUAUUUUCUGUAUUUUAUUUACGCUUUCUAUAUAAAGGAUUUAUGAAAGUUGUCUAGGAAAUUUUAGGGUAAAUUCAAAAGAAACUAGGGUAAAAUGUGUUAAAAAAAACGUAAGUGGAAACACUGCUUUGAAGUUUUCAAAAUUCCAGGGCCGUAAAACAAUCUCAAAAAAAAAAAAAGUUUUCAAAAUGUCGUAACGAUUUAAUUUUUUAAAUCGUUUUUUUUUGGUCUUGGUGUGAGUUAUUUUACGUUGUAGUAUUAAUUUAGAGCAACUUUUAGCUUUAUGAGAAUAUUAGACGAUUAGACAUUGAGAAACUCUGUUUUGAAUUCUCUUUAGACAUAACUUGGCUCCAAUACUUUUUUCUUCGUUAGCGUUUCGUAAGCCUGUGUAACUAUUUUCAUUUCUUACAGAAUGUUUAUUAUUAAAAAUCAGCAUGCCUCGAAGAUCGAAAAUGAAAUGCUAUUUCGGAUGCCUUGAUAACGACAAAGGUUUGAUAAUGACAAAAUUUUAUGGAAAAAUUAUAAGGAGCACUAAAAUGUCUGAAACAUGAAAAGAUUGAUGCACUAUAUUUGAACCAGAACGUGUUAUGUAAUAUAUUAAUUUAAGAGAAACUGAUUCAGCAAGGAACGUGAACUCUCAAGGGAUCUUAAUUUUUUUUAAAUAUGUUUAUAAUUGAUAAAUUAAUAAUUGAAAUAGUUCAUAAGAACUAAAUUGAUGCCAAUUUUGUUUUAAAAUAGGUUGUUUAGUUCUUAUAGUUAUAGUAUUACGUUUGAAUAGUUGUAAUUAGUAAGUUAGUAAUAUAUGAAAAUACUGAUAUAAAUUUUUGUAAAUAACCUUUUGUAAAUUCUACGAGAAGAUGAUUUUAAUUAAUGAUCAAAAGUCAACGGUCUUUAAAAGCAUUAUUUGCAAUUAUUUAGAUUAACUGUGGAAUAUAUUUGCUAAGUUGUGUUUUCUGUAUGAGCAGAUAUAAAUGAAAAUGCCCAAACAUGAUUAUGUUUCUUACAUUUUCAUUAUGUGAAAUCAAUAUGCUUGUGACUGAGUAUAUUAAUAAUUUAUUAAAACUUAAGUGAUAGACAGCAACCCCUAUGGCACUGCUGAAGUUUAUAAGCACUGGUGACCACUUAUCAUGGGCCGGGUUGCGUGCUCGUCUGCUGUUGAGUGCAAUAAAAAUUUUCGAAACCCUUUCUAUUAUUUAGAUGUAAUAUUAGUGUACAUUUAAUUUGGAUUAAAAGAUAAAUUUACAUUUUAUGUUUGCAUGUGUAUGUUUAUAAUUCAUUUGCAUGUAACGAACACCAGUUUCUUUUGUAACAAAAUGUAAACUAAUGGUUUGUAAUGAAUGUAAUUAACUUUAAGAUGAUUUUCUUUCAAUCUGCUGUUUGUUUCAUCUAGUAUUACCAAAGCUAAAGCAUCAGAAACGUCAGAAUAGAAAUAAUUUAGAUAGGGAAUAAAAGUAUAACUAAUGUAAUCAUGUCUAAGAUUACUAUAAGCGUCAUUAAGUACAAACUAUCAAUAUUUAAGAGUACUUUAAAUCAUCAUUACAUUUUUUAAACAUUUUUUGUUUUUCAAAUCAUGUAAUAAAACGUUUGUGCAGAUCAAAAUGUCACAUGUUAUGAACAUGAUUGUGGGUUAAUAGUUUCUUAAAUUUCUAAAUGUUUAUAAGAAUGCUAAGAAUAAUUUAGUAUUCACUUUAGUGUGUGUAUUAUCUCUACAAUGCUAGUAUAAAUGACAAUUAUUGUAUGACGAAGCAUAGGUAGUGUUUAUAGAUGUAAUAUUUUCAUACAAGGUCAUGAUCUGUCACGAUCAACUUUAAGCAAGAACUGCUAUAGUUAAGAAACAAAUUUAUUAAAUUUAAUUCAAAUUGUCUACUAUGUUUGUAAUGGAAAGCUGACAUGUUUAUAUUUCGCACAAAUGACUUAAGUGACAUUGAAUGAUUUGAUUAUCUAGACUUAAUUAACUUUUAGAUAACUUUCGAUUUAAUGUUAUUAAGUACUCUAGUAGGAUUAAUCUAGAGGAGUUAUUGUUAUUCGAAAUUUUAUACAAUUGUACGUUCAUACUAUCUUUUAACAGUAAAUUGUUUGUAAUAUAGGGAAAUUAAAUAGCUUACAGAGAA